GCCCCCUGGCCCUAGACAGGCCCCGAGGGGAGCGAGGCGAGCAGGGUCUGACGGAGGGCCGCAUCCUCUUCCUGGAUUCACACACAAAGCCCGGAUGUGACUCGAAAAAACAGGCAGUCCAGCCCAGCCCAGCCCCGGGAGCCCCUUCCAGUGCGCUAGGAGAGCGCCGGAGCUGGCAGCACGGUCGGUCCUGGGUUCGAGUCCUAACGGGGCCCCUUUCUAGCUGGCUGACCCGGAGGGAAGAUGCCGGCGGUCCACGUGGAAGACCUGUCGGAGAAGGACAAGCUGAAGAUGGAGGUGGCGCAGCUGCGGAAGGAGGUGAAGCUGCAGAGGCAGCAGGUUUCCAAGUGUUCCGAGGAGAUCAAGAAGUACAUCGAGGCACGCUGUGGCGAAGACCCGCUGGUGAAGGGCAUCCCGGAGGAUAAGAAUCCCUACAAGGAGAAAGCAGGCUGCACCAUCUCCUGAGCCUGGGCCGAGGGCAAGGCCGAGGCGGCUCUGCUUGGACCUCGGAUGCUCCAGAACACUCUGAGGAGGGAGUGUUUCCCCCUUUGGUGGGCGCACAGGGGAGCCAAAGCUCCAGAGGCAGGCCGGAGGCCCUCACCCACCCGCAGCGCUUUGUUGGGGAGCAGCCCCCCUUCUUUUCCCUCAAUAAAGCUAUUCCUCCCUUUUU